GCCCUUGUUACAAUGGGGACUGUUGUUGAUCACUUGUUAGCACAUUUAUCGUGAAUAACUGCGGAUUAUUCAUUCUGCUGCCUGCGUUGAGUGGUUUACUUCGACGGCUACAUGUUAAAGUCCAGUGCAGCGGGUCCAUCCUCUGCCGCCUCUCCUCAGCCAAUGAAGGAAUCCAACUUUUUAAUGACUGGCCAGUUAAUUCUGGACCACAUCAAGCCAUGCUGGUACUGGGACAAGAAGGAUUUAGCCCACACCCCAUCUCAGUCUGAGGGCCUGGACCCUGGCACAGAAGCCCGGUAUCGGAGGGAAGGAGCCCGCUUCAUAUUUGAUGUGGGAACCCGGCUUGGCCUACAUUAUGACACACUGGCAACUGGCAUCAUAUAUUUCCACCGUUUCUACAUGUUUCACUCCUUCAAGCAGUUCCCCAGAUAUGUGACUGGAGCUUGUUGUCUCUUUCUGGCUGGAAAAGUGGAGGAAACCCCAAAGAAGUGUAAAGACAUCAUCAAAACAGCCCGCAGCUUAUUGAAUGAUGUGCAGUUUGCCCAGUUUGGAGAUGAUCCAAAGGAAGAGGUGAUGGUGUUGGAGAGAAUCUUGCUGCAGACAAUCAAAUUUGACCUGCAGGUGGAGCACCCCUACAUGUUCCUGCUACGCUAUGUUAAGCAGCUCAAAGGAGAGAAGAAUAAAGUAUGCAAGGUGCUACAAAUGGCAUGGACCUUUGUCAAUGACAGCCUGUGCACCAUGCUGUCUCUUCAGUGGGAGCCAGAGAUUAUUGCAGUGGCUGUCAUGUACCUGGCCGGUCGCCUCUGUAAGUUUGACAUCCAGGAGUGGACUGCCAAGCAGUCAUCACGUCGCUGGUGGGAGCAAUUUGUCCAGGACGUCCCAGUUGAGCUGCUUGAAGACAUUUGUCAUCAGAUCCUGGACCUGUACUCCCAGGGCAACAAGCCCAUCCCCCAGCAGAUACAAGAAAAGGAACGGCCAUCCAUUCCAAUGAUCCCUGCUCCUCCAGCUCCGCAGGGACCACCCCAGGUUGCCAACCCUCCUCCCCCACCACCAAAGAAGACGUCCCCUCAGGGUGGCAGCCCUGCACGCCAGCUCAAACGCUCACAUACAUCUCCAAAAGAUGAACCAAAGGCUCCAGAACAAGUUGGAUCAAAGAUUCCUCGACUGGAGAGCCCCAUGCCUCCUCUGCCUACAUCUCAGCCUCCACCAGACCGCAAGGCUCCGGCUCCAGCCCCUCCCACAGAAGCAGAACCAGGAAAUGAGGCGGCUCCUCCACCCCCGCACGCACCACCUCCCCACCAGCCCCCUCCACUGCCCCAUCGCCCUCCUCCACCACCGCCCUCCAACUACAUCAUGUCCACCUCCAGCUCUUACAUGUCUGGGGAGGGAUUCCAGAGCCUUCAGUCGUUGAUGAAGACAGAGGGUCCCUCCUACGCCCCGAUGCCGCCCAGCUACGCACCCCCAAUACCGCCAUAUCACCCUCACGUCUACCCCCCACCUGCAGCUCCACCUCCAGGCCCCCCUCCUCCUCCUUCUUCCUACCCACCACCCAACUUAGCCCCAGCCUAUCCGCCACCGGGCUACAACAGCUACCCUCCGCCGCCACCUCCACGUAUGCCACCGGGCCACGGACCCCCUCCGGGUAUAGGCCUCCCACCUGCUGGGUACCCUCCACCCCCUGUGCCCCCAGGACAGUCACAGGUGCCUCUACCCCCUCCACCUGGCAUGCCCAUGAACCGUGGCGGGUGGAUGAGAUGAGAGGAGAAGGGAGCGUGACAAAAAUCUCUAAGCUGAGGCUGUGCCGAGCCGCCGCUAGGGAUGAAAGCUCUUAAGAGAGGGAGAACAACCGGCAACUUGGAGCUUGUUCACCUCUAGUAGGACUUCUGUUGACGGGUUCCUAAACAAAGGCUCGUCAAGGAUUAACUUGAAAGGAAAAGUGAGAUCUGGACAGCAUUGUUACGAGAACCAGAACUGGUGCUGAAAGGCUGCAGUGAGAAUCCUGAAAUAUUUGUUUUGAAAAAGUGACUUAAAACAUUUGUAGGAUGGUACUUUGUGUAUCCAGUUCAUGGAUAUUUUAACAAACGAUGUCCACUCAUUUCUUUGUGUUCUGGACAUUUAUCAGAAAUUAUUAGUCUUUUCUAGUUUUGUCACAUAUGCUUAUUCACUAAUUGUGAGAGGAUGAAAUGUACCGUUUUUAGUGUACCUUGGAGUGACCCUCUUACAUUUUCUUUCUUAUUUCUAUCAUCAUGAUCUUGUUUACAUUUGUCUGCUUAUUUCCUUUUUCCCCUGAGAACGACAGUAAGUAAUAAAAAUUGAGAUGAACAUGAAGUGGUCAAAUAUAAAAAAGACUCACUCUGAAAGAAACAGGCUGUAUAUAUAUAUAGUGUAAACAUCCUGUGUAUUUUUCUUUUUCUGUGUAAACAGAGGUUUCAAGACAUCUCCUCUGUCACUAGUUUCAUUUUAUUUCUCAGCUUUUUAAUUUUGUUGCUGUUUACUUUUCGUGUCCUGUUAGUCUUAGUGAACCUGCACUGCAAACAGUGUUAAACUACCAAACAGAAAUCCUCUAAUCAAAUCAGCUGUGUCGAACACUGGACAUUAUAAGGUAUAUUUGUACAUAUCUGACCUCUACAUUUAGACAAAUCUUUUUGAGAAUUUCUAUCCGUAUGUGCCUUAGUUGGGCUCCUCUUUUCUGUACGCCGCACGCAGCUUUGGUUUUGUGUCCAUGUGGCACUUAAACAAAAAAAUAAAGACCUGCUUUUCCUA